AAUUGGAGGGGCUUGACAGGCGAGGUGGCGCUUGCUGGAGUGAGUGGUGGACUAGACUAAUCAUUUACGUCGAAAUACAAGUAGGCCUAUUCUAACGGCCCUACUACCGAAAUUAAGAAUGAUUAAAUGCAUUAAACCAUGACAGAUAUAUGAAGAUUCCAUAUUUUCACACUUACAUAGUUACAUUUACAGAACUUUAUACACUCACCUAACGUUAGAAAAGCAAAGCCAGCGACCAGCGACAUGUGCGCGCCAUCUGCGUCUGAUCUCGGAGAAUAAUUGGUCUAGAAAAAAUGGCGACUUUUCGACUGGUUUCUCAAAUUUCAAGAACGGGCUCUUUGGCUGUUUUAUAUGAUGCAGUAAAGCCAGUGACAUAUGCAUCUGCAAGGUCAUGCUAUAAAUAUGUUAAUGCCACGGAGAAGGGCGAUUCUUUCAAAGAGAUCACUGAUCGAGCCGCAUCAACAUUAUUCUUCACUGAGCUGACGAGAGGCCUGGCUAUGACAUUAAGCUACUUGUUUCGUGAACCUGCCACCAUCAAUUAUCCCUUUGAGAAGGGACCUCUAAGCCCUCGGUUCAGAGGAGAGCAUGCAUUGAGAAGGUACCCAUCUGGAGAGGAGCGAUGCAUCGCCUGCAAGCUGUGUGAAGCUGUUUGCCCUGCUCAGGCAAUCACAAUUGAAGCUGAACCAAGAGCCGAUGGAAGCAGGCGGACUACUCGCUAUGACAUUGACAUGACAAAGUGUAUCUACUGUGGGUUCUGUCAAGAGGCAUGCCCUGUUGAUGCUAUUGUUGAGGGUCCCAAUUUUGAGUUUUCCACAGAGACCCAUGAAGAGCUACUGUACAAUAAGGAGAAGCUCCUCAACAAUGGAGAUAAGUGGGAGGCGGAGAUCGCGGCAAACAUCCAAGCAGAUCAUCUAUACAGAUAGAAGCAGGAAAAUGUACAAAGAUAAUCAUACAGAUAUAUCUAUUGUUAGAAAAAUAUUGUUUAUGCAGUGUAAGAGAAGAGUUCAUUAAAUAUUUUGUUUAUGAUACUCUCUUACACCAAGCAUUUGAUUUGAUUACAUAUUCUGUGUAUUUAAUACAUGGGUUUAUAUCAGUUUUCUCAGCCAUUUGCUAGAGUAUACUUAAGAUUCUUCAGUGAAAUCACCAUGUAAUCAUUACCCCUCCCUAUUCUCUACUAAUCUCUCUUAUUAAGAGCAUCUUAAUACUUUCAUAAGUCACUUGUUCCAUUGAAAAUAUUUUUGAUAGGAUAUGUUUUUGAUAAAAUAGGAAGGUAGUUCACUUUUGAGGAAAAGUUUGAUUACUUAUGCAUUCAAAAAUAUAGGAAUUCAUCCUACAGGUAUUCAGUUUGUGUGUUCUGAAAAAAUGUGACUAAUGUGUACUAUUUAAUUUGUUUUCAAUCAAAUUAAAAUGAUCUGCAGUUGAUGUCCAAACACUUAGGAUUCUUUGGUUAGAAUGGGUUAUUGCUUAUGUGCUUGCAUGGCUGACUUUGAUCAAAAGGAAACUCAUCCAAAUCAACACAUAUUUCUUCUCAGAGCUCUUUUGGAAUGAAAACGUGGAGAUUGAUUUUAUGUUUGUAGCUUUGUGGCUUUAAUAGUGGACAAUUACUAACAUUAUGUAACAUAAGGAAUGCAUGCAAACUAUGCAUGUUUGCUGUGAUUUUAUCUCUUUAUAGUAUAUGGUCAUCUUCUUCCCUUCUUGGGCCAUAUAUCUUCUUUAUAGAUACGAUAGGUUAAUCACAACACCUAUACACCACUGUCCCACAAUGACUUGAAGUAUUCUAUGGUUAACUGUGCCUGUAUAUUGUUACUGGGGUAAAUUGGUUAAAACAUAAGAAAACUUAUAAAUCUUCCCAUAAAUUUCUAUUUACAUUUCCCGAGUUGAAUGUUGCAUGAUUCAAAGUUUCUUAUUGCAGUCCCAUUGGAUUAGACUUGUGCAAAGCAGAGUGAAUACCUGUUGGCUGCAUGGAAAAUGUGUGAUGUAGUAACAAAGAAGUCAAAAUUCAACAGAUUAAACUAUAUUCUAUUCAACAUUCAGUAUUAUAAUGGGAGUGGAAAAUAACUCAUAGGCUUUACUUUACUUCAAGUGUGUUAUCAUUAUAGAUUUUCAUCUUUAAGAUGCGUUCAUGCUGUCAAAUCUCCAUCACUUUGGCAAUUGGAUAUAAAUGUAUCACAUUGAACAAGAAUUGGAAAUGAAGUAGAAGGAACACCCCUGGGAGCAGUCGAUGAGUGAUGGAUUGCUUGGAAGAGACAGAUUUCGACUGUAUAAAUGUGAAUUUAAUUGAAUGAUGCAUGCUAUAGCAGGCAUUAUGCAAUAAUAAAGAUGUGUGAAAUGUUA